AUGUUUUGGCAUCGAGCAUUAGUUUUUCUUCAUUUUAUCGCCAUAGAUGCACAACUUUCACAGCCAAUAACUUCGUAUUUCAAAUGUUUACCGAAUGGUUGUUGUGAUGAACAUGAAUGGUGUCGACUUUGGGCAUCUAUUGGUAAAUGUAACGUCAAUAGCAAGUGGAUGUUUGUCAAUUGCCAGUUAGCCUGUAAUUCAUGCCCCACAGGAAGAAAAACGAAAAAUAUAAUGUGGCUUAUUUUUUUUUUAGAAUCGGUCAUUCCAUCAAUCGAAGACGGUGCGAAAUGUGAAUUAAUCCUCCAAAAAAAUUUAUCAAAUAUUUCUUAUGAAUUAAAACGACAAAAUCUUGUAAAUCCGAUCGAAGAUGUGUCCUUUGAUCAAUUAACAUCAGUUGACGAAAUCAAAAAGGCAGCGAAUACUGGAUGUGUUCCAAAAUUAAAAACAAGAGAAUGUUUGAAGUCAUUGUGUUACCAUCUUUCUUAUCGAACAUAUGACGGUAUAUGUAAUAAUUUUAAUCGUCCAUCUCGAGGAUCGGCUUUUCAACCUUUCCUUAGGUACCGUUUUUCAUGUCGAACUUCGUCACUCCAAAAAACUCGGCCAUCUGCUCGAGAGGCGAUUCGAUCACUUCUAGCGAGUGAUGAAUACAUAAAACAUGAAAAAUUCAACGCUUUUAUUUUCCAGUGGGGCCAAUUUAUAUCCCACGAUAUCGUUAAAACUACUUUUCAUCCACACAUCUCCUGCAAAAUGUGUAAUCCAGUGAAGCCACAAUGCAUGGUAGUCACGAUCUUAGCAAACGACACAAAUAUGGAAUAUCAAAGACGUGGUUGUUUAAAACUAUCACGAGCAGCUCGAGUUUGUGGUACUGGUCGACAUCUUGUUCCACGCGAGCAAUUAAAUGAAAACACAGCAUUUAUUGAUGGAUCAUUGAUUUAUGGAUCAUCAUUGAAAGAUCUCAGCAAAUUCCGUGAUGGCGGAAGCGCUUUUCUGAAAAUGAUAACAUUUAACAAUCAAUCGCACAAUCGCAUAGCUACCACUCUUCGCCGUUAUAAUCCACAUUGGUCAAAUGACCGUUUAUUCGAAGAAACCAGAAAAAUUAUUGGAGCUCAGAUACAAAUUAUUAAUUACGAAGAGUAUUUGCCAAAGUUAUUGGGCAGUUCUAUGGAGCAAAUAGUCGGACCAUAUGAAGGCUAUGAUCCGCAUGUUGAUGCAACUAUCUCGAGUGUAUUUACAAGUGCUGCUUUUCGAUUUGGUCAUGGAAUGAUCACAGAGGUUUUUAAGCGUUUUGGUACUUCAAACGUUUCCUAUGCAGACUAUAAGUUCAGAGAUGGUGUUUUUAAAUCAAAAAGAGUACUUUUUGAAGGAGGAAUUGAUCCUAUCUUAAGAGGAUUAAUGAUAAUGCCUAUUAAACUGCCUCAGCGUAUUGCUUUAACCAUUACAGAAGAAGUUUUUGAAAGCAUCGACCUGGCCACAGUGAGUGUUGAACGCGGCCGAGAUCAUGGUAUACGAUCAUAUAAUCAUUGGAGGAAUUUUUGUGGCAAACGUUUUGCAAAUGAUUUCGAUGAAUUAAGCGAUGAAAUUCGCGAUAAAAAUAUUCGAGAUACACUUAAACGCAUCUAUGGAUCUCCAGACAAUGUUGAUCUUUAUAUUGGUGCUAUGGUAGAAGAUCCAGUAAUUGGAGGUUUGGUUGGUCCAACUCUCGCUUGUUUAGUUGGUGAACAAUUCAAAAGGCUUCGAGACGGUGAUCGGUUCUAUUAUGAGAAUCCAGGCAUAUUCACAUCAGCUCAACUAAAAGAAUUAAGAAAGGUUACUUUGGCGAGUCUAAUUUGCAAUAAUGCCGAUAAUUUUGAAGUAAUAUCGGAAGAUGUGUUUUUGCUUCAAGGAAAAAAUGUACGAUGUGGUUCUCUCCAACAGAUGGACUUAAAUAUGUGGAGAGAUUAA